CUCGAAUCUCCGCCAACAUAUGCAAGCCUCAUAACUGAAAUCACUUGGAGGGGUCGGAAAGCUCGCCAGUCUUUCCUUGGUUUUACGCGGCAAAGGCUUGUUUCCUUGACACCUUCAACCCAAUCUCACAUUCACUCGCCGAUUUGUGCCUCAAUUACAAACAAGAAAGCAAUGACCUCUUCGCCCCCAGAAGGGCCGUACGAACUUCUUGAACCUAGGGUGAAGAAUAAAACAGGAGACAUACCAAACACACCGACCAUGAACAUGGACAGUCAACAAGAAGCGAAACCAGAGGAAGCAGUAGAGGAAUGCAAGGACGGGGAAGCCGGCGAUGAGACUCAGUAUCUGAGUUCUGCAGCCGUUGCCUUGCUUAUGGUCGCCAUCUCCUUAGCCAUGUUCUUGGUCUCACUGGACCGGACCAUCGUUGCUACAGCAGUGCCAAAAAUCACCGACCACUUCAACUCCUUCGGUGACAUUGGGUGGUACGCCAGUGCAUAUGCCUUGACCGGAUGCGCAAUGCAGCUGCCGCUUGGUCGCUUCUACAGUUUCUAUACUCCAAAAUGGGUCUUCUUAUCGCUUGUAGUACUCUUCGAAAUCGGUUCUGCUAUUUGUGCAGGUGCCUUCAACUCAAAUACCAUCAUCAUCGGCCGCGCUAUUCAAGGAAUCGGAUGCGCUGGCGUCUUCUCCGGGUCGAUGAUCCUUCUCGUGGACAAUGUUCCCCUUCAGAAGCGGCCUUUGUUCAUGGGGAUGCUGAUGGCAAUCAUGAGUGUAUCUGCCAUCGUCGGUCCUCUGAUCGGGGGUGCGCUAACGAGUAACGCGAGCUGGCGUUGGUGCUUCAUCAUCAAUAUACCAAUUGGAACGGUCACUAUUCUCAUCCUCCUACUCAUCGUCAAGCCCACCCCAGGGAAGGAGGCUUCAAAGAAGAGCCCGUUGGAACACUUGAAGAUGCUCGAUCCACUUGGCGCAGCCCUCUUGAUUCCAGCUGUUAUUUGCUUAGUGCUUGCAUUGCAGUGGGGUGGUUCUGAGUACGCUUGGAAGAGUUGGCAAAUCGUUCUUCUACUUGUCUUUGGAGGAUUACUGGGUAUCGCAUUCAUGGUAUCGCAGAAACUCAAUCCAGAAAUAGCAACUAUUUCACCGCGGAUCGUUAAACAGCGCACUGUCGCCGCGGGCUUUUAUUAUUCGACAUGUACUGGCGGCGCUAUGAUGACGGUGGUCUACUGGAUCCCGAUUUGGUUCCAAGCAAUCAAAAACGCCAGUCCCGUAAAGUCUGGAGAGAUGACAAUCCCGCUACUCAUCUCACAAUCGCUUGGAUCCAUUUCCGGCGGCAUACUUGUCUCUCAGGUUGUGGGAUACGCAUCACCAUUCAUGAUACUCAGCUCAGUCAUGAUGGCAGUUGGUGCAGGUCUUCUCUCCACUCUCAGUAUCUCGUCCGCAGCCGGAAAAUGGAUUGGAUACCAGGUCCUUUUUGGGUUUGGCCUUGGUAUUGGGCAACAACAGCCAUCGACAGCGGUCCAAGUAGUCCUCAAGAAGGAUGACAUACCGUCAGCGAUCUCUCUCAUCUUCUUCGGCAUGCAGCUUGGUGGUUCGGUCUGUGUCUGUAUCGGCCAGAAUGUCCUCAACCAGGAGCUCAUUAAGUCAUUGACAAAGGCGAGAAUACCUGGCCUGGAUCCAAUGGCGGUACUUCACACCGGAGCAACCGAGCUGGAAAACUUGGUUCAUAGUGCUUUAGAGAAGACACCGUUACUGUUGGCAUACAAUCACUCUUUGACAAGUGUCUUCUACGUCGCAUCGGCAGUCGGUGCCCUAUCUAUCAUUGGUUCAGUCCUCGUGGAGUGGAAGAGCGUCAAGGGGAUGAAACCAGCUCAUUGAGGGCUGCGCCUGCAAAGCGCCUGGGGAUAUUGCUGGCAGUCGGACUGUAUUUCUAUGGGAUAUAAUAAGGAUUGGGAGUAUUGGGUAGGCUUUUGCGGUCAUCUAGGAGUGUUAUCGGGAGCAAAAUACUUGAGUUGGGCAUUGUACGGCGCAAAGACUUUUUUUCAUUCCACAUUAGGUUGAGCAGUAUUCUCUCGACACGGUAAGGGAACAGAGGAGGAUUAAUGGAUUCAAUAUAGGGGAAUGAGUGGAAGUGGCUUGUACAGUAUUACAAGAAGGUACCCGUUACUAUUAGGAGCACAUCGAAAGGUGACGGUAACGC